CGCAGUAGUCUGUACUACUGAUCGGCAGCGCCAUCAAAACCCCUCCCCUCUCUCUCUCUCUCUCUCUCUCGCUCUCUCUCUCUCAACUCUCAAGUGCUGAUCAUUUCCUUUUCCUCUCAGAGCCUCUCACACUCACUCCCACAAUUCUCUUUUAUUUUCCUGCUCUUCUGGCGAAAACCAACGUAUUCUUUUUUCUUUCGAGUUUCAAAUUUCCGAAAUCAUCAUUUCGCAACUGAGCGGAGCAUGAAGUUGCGGAUCUAGCUAGAUUCUCCUGAAACAUUAGAGUGAUAAUGCCAAGGCAAAACCGAGGCAUGGAUUUGAUGAUCCCUGGAAAGAUCAGAAAGCGAGGGUGCACGUCGUCCGCGUCGUCCUCGUCUUCGAUACUCCAGAACUAUAGGUUCAAGAGGGCGAUAGUGGUGGGCGGCAAGAGGGGCGGAUCGAGUACGCCCAUGCCCACAUGGAGGCUGAUGAGCUCGUCUCGAUCUCCGUCGUCCUCCACGUUCCGAAGGUCCAUGGAGUCGCCCAAGUACCCGGGCCAUGGCGGCAGGACAAAGCAACAGCAGCCGCCUCUGCAGGCCCCUGUGUCGGCGAGGAAGCUGGCGGCGACGCUGUGGGAGAUGAAUGAGAUGCCGUCUCCGAGUGUGAGGGAAGGCUCGGACGAGAGGCGGCUCAGGAAGGAGGCGGCCAUGAGAGCUAGAGAGAGGGCGGCCAGGUCCAUGCACUCGGGCUCCUUGCCUCCUCAUUUGUCCGAUCCGUCGCACAGUCCCGUUUCCGAGAGGAUGGAUCGGUCGGGAACCGGUAGCCGACGGAGGGGAACGCCGUCUAUUUCCCAGAGGCUUAGGCUUUCCGAUCAGAACAAUGUGAGAGCUGUAGAUGCUCUUAGCAAUGCCAGUUUAAUGGAGAUUGAGAGCAGCAGAUCUCGAGCGCAGACUCCUAGUGCAUCCACAGUUGGUGGGAAGACCCGUUUGAAGGAUGUUAGUAAUGCUCUAACCACAUCUAAGGAGCUACUCAAGAUAAUCAACCGUGUAUGGGGUCACGAAGAUCGGCCUUCCUCUAGUAUGUCGCUAAUCUCGGCCUUACAUGCUGAGCUAGAGAGGGCACGUUUGCAGGUCAAUCAACUUAUCCAAGAGCAGCGUUCGGACCAGACCGAGAUCAACUACUUGAUUAAGUGUUUUGCUGAAGAGAAGGCGGCGUGGAAAAGCAAAGAACAGGAAGCUGUUGAGGCUGCCAUUGAGUCUGUUGUGGGAGAGCUCGAGGUGGAGAGGAAGCUGAGGCGGCGGCUUGAGAGCUUGAACAAGAAGCUCGGGAGAGAUCUGGCAGAGACGAAAACGUCACUUGUCAAGGCCGUGAAAGAACUCGAGAGCGAGAAGAGAGCGAGAGAAAUAGUAGAACAAGUGUGUGAUGAAUUAGCCGGGGAUGUUGGCGAAGAUAAAACCCACAUGGAAGAAAUGAAGAGAGAAUCUGCAAAAAUUCGUAAAGAGGUUGAGGAGGAAAGGGGAAUGAUGCAAUUGGCCGAUGCUUUACACGAGGAGAGAGCUCAGAUGAAACUCUCGGAGGCAAAACAUCAGCUCGAGGAGAAAAAUGCAGCUGUUGAUAAAUUGAGGAAUCAACUAGAAUCCUUUAUGGGGACCAAAAGAGCUAAAGAAAGAGGGCGUAAUUCUGUGAGCCAUCCGAAUGAUAAAGACAUGAUUGCUGCCUUGUUAAGUAGAGCUCGAGUUGGUACCUAUUCCAGCGAAGAAAAAGAAGAGGAUGGAGGACAAGUAGAAGAUGGAGAAGAGUGUGAAGAAGAAGAAGACUCAGCUGAAAGUGAUCUUCAUUCCAUAGAACUGAAUAUGGACAACCAUAACAAGAGCUAUAAGUGGACUCAUGCUUCUGGGUUUCGUCGUGAUCCAAGAAUGGUUCAAAUCGAUGAAGAAGAAAUCAAAGGGAGGAAGUCUACUACCUCCGGGAGAGGACCCAGGCGAAGCACUUCUCUGCAGAGGAGUGUUUCGGAUGGCGUUGAACUACACAAUACGGAUAGGAUAGACUGGGAGAGAUUCUUGGAACUUGAAAAGCAAAAUCAAGGAAAAGAAUAUGGGAAUGUAUUGCAGGGAUACAAUAAAUCAAUGAAGGGUCUAAUGUUGUCAAGUUCUGAGAUGGGAUCCCCUAGAGUUUAUGCCAGUCCAACACGGCAAAUGGGGCCACCGUGGCCUUCCCGUGAUCAUGUCAAUGCGGCUCAGGAGCGACCUGCUGUGGCGAUGGGAUUUGGUUUAAAAUCGAGGCUGGCGGAAGCCAGAGGUGAAGGUCACGGUGCAAGAAAAUCAAGGCGGUAAGAAUGAUCAGCCUUCAUUCUUUGCAGCCUCUUGACAGGUUGUGAUGGUUGGCGGUUGUGGAUGCUGAAUGCGCUGGAGAUAGUAGUUUGGAAGAAGAAUCAAUUGAAGGCCAAUGCGAGAGAAAACAUGAGAUAGCAACGAUGGCUAUGGUUUUGAUGUAUGCUUGCUACGCCUCGUAGCCUGCUCAACGGAACGCUGUCUGCUCGUAGAAAUUUGUCUAUUCUAUAGGGUGGUGGUUGUUUUUUUGUUUUUGUUUUUGUUUUUUUGCAAUCUUUCUCACAGACCUUUGAACGGCAUAUAUAUAUCGUAAUUUUGGCC